AUGAAGAUGAGAGCUAAGAGAAAGUCCAACCCGCCCGAGAAAUCGGUGGCGGCGGAGGGAUUUGAUUGUUUGAAGAACUUUGCGGUGGUGAAGAGCUCGUACGAUACGCAUAAUGACUUCAGGGAAUCGAUGGUUGAGAUGAUUCAGGAGAUGGGGAUUCGGAAGGCGGAGGACCUGGAAGAAUUGUUGGCUUGCUAUUUGAUGUUGAACGCUGACGAGUAUCAUGAACUCAUUAUCAAGGUGUUCCGUCAGGUCUGGUUCGAUGUCAACCACGGCGCCGCAAGUCAUUAUCGAUGA